GCUCCUUGUGUACACUACUGUUCUUCUGGGGUCUAGGGGCCCCGAACCCACCUCGGGGAACUCUGCCUGACCUCCCCAGCAAUGUCCUUUCUCCUCUAGAGACAAGAAUGGACAAGGCGGUGACCCUGAACCAAACAAUGGUGAGGGAAUUCAUCCUGGUAGGGCUGUCCUCCAACCCCACAAUGCAGAGAGUCCUCUUCAUGGUCUUCCUACCUCUCUACCUACUGACCCUGGCUGGGAAUAUCCUUGUUUUAGUAACCAUUGUCCAUGACCGGCAGCUCCACUCGCCCAUGUACUUCUUCCUCAGCAACCUCUCCUUCAUCGACAUCUGCCAUGCCUCUGUCACAGUGCCUAAGAUGCUGGUUGACUUCCUCUCUGCAGAGAAGACCAUCUCCUUUGGGGGCUGUGUGGCCCAGAUGUUCUUCCUCCACCUCUUCACCUGCACUGAGAUCUUCCUCCUCACCGUCAUGGCCUAUGACCGCUACGUGGCCAUCUGCCGCCCACUGCAGUACCUCACUAUUAUGAGCCGCCGUGUCUGCCUGCAGCUGACUGGCGUGCUGUGGCUGGGUGGGACAGUGCACUCCUUAGCCCUCACAAGCAUGACCAUCAAGCUGCCUUACUGCGGGCCCCGGGAGGUGGACAACUUCUUCUGUGACGUGCCACCUGUGAUCAAGCUGGCCUGCACAGACACCUAUGUUAUCGAGGUGCUCAUUGUCUCCAACUCAGGACUCAUCUCUGUGGUCUGCUUUGUGGUGCUCGUGGUCUCCUAUGGGGUCAUCCUGACCUCACUGCGGAGCCGCCUCUCCAUGGGGAAGCGCAAGGCGCUGUCCACCUGUGCAGCCCACCUGACGGUUGUCACACUCUUCCUGGGUCACUGCAUCUUCAUCUACUCCCGCCCCUCCACCAGCCUGGCCGAGGACAAGGUUGUGUCAGUCUUCUUUACAGCCAUCACCCCACUGCUCAACCCCAUCAUCUACACCCUGCGCAAUGAGGACAUGAAGAGGGCUCUCAACAAGCUGAUGGGGGGUAAAGUGGAUGCGGAGAAGUAGGGGCUGGAACAUGGACCCCACAGCUUCCUGCCAGCUGCUUCCAUUGACUGUGCCCAUCAUGGCCAUACUUCUUCCCCUUCUCUCCUUGCACCAACCAUGGUAGCUCCACUGUCGUUGUCCUUGGCUCUCUGCUCCCUGAGGUGCCUGGUAUUUGGGGUCUGAUCCAGCUCUGUCAGAGCCAGACUCCACCCCCACUUUGCCACCAAGAGCAUUUCCCAUCUAAAUACAGGGCUUCAACAGAGAUGGUUUUGUUAAGAAUUGGAAAAAAAAGUCCAUUAAUCUGAUUUCUAGUUUUUGGCGGGUGAAUUUUGAGUGAACUGAAAGUUUCCAUGUUGUGUCGAAUCUCAACAAAUGAGAAUUGGAUUUUCAGUUAUGUAUAGGGAUCUUAUUUUGCUUUCAGUGUUUUUCCUAGAUGAGAACUAGUAGACAAGUGGGAGAAAGCUGAGAAAUCCACAAUACCGUUUCAUGUUUCUUUUUUCUUUCUUCCUUUUUUUUUUUAUGGAAAAUUUGUAAGUGAUGUUUUCAUUCCAAUUUUGUUUUAGUUCUGGAAAACUGAAAAAAAUAUAUAUAUUUUCAGGUUUUAGAUUUUUGGCAGGUGACACCUCUCUAUUUCCCAUUUCUGCUUUCUUCCUGUGUUGUUCUACUGUAAAAAUGAAGAGGCAUCUGAAGGAAAACAAAGAAUCCAAAAAUUGAAAA